AUGGAGAGUUCUUACUUCAAGUCAGUUGUUUCCCUCGUUGAUUCUACACAUGCAAGAAAAUCACGUGAGCUCUCUCCCAGUUCUCCUAUCAGUACUCUGCCCUUGGCAACAGUCUUCCUUCCACGGAAGCCGACCGACUUCUCCAUCAGCAGAAUCCUGGGUCUGGAGAGCGACAAAACACACAAAGAGACAGUAUGCUCUGGCUCUGCGUCGGUGCACUGCCGUCACCCCAUUCAGACUCCGAGUUCUCAACACAGCUACAGUGAUACCAGCCCGCGAUUAUCUCCUUGUUCAGACAACGCAUGUUCCAGCAGUGAUUGUGACAGCGAGCCCGAUCAAGUAUCGACACAUUCCGAGCAGCCUCCGAGGAAGAAGCGACAGCGCACAACCUUCUCGCCCAUUGAGGUGUGGGAACUGGAGCGAGCAUACAGACGGCGGCCAUAUUUGAUGAGUGCAGAUGAGGAGGACCUUGUGCAGAGACUUGGGAUCACAGCCAAAAGUCUGAAGUAUUGGUUCCAGAACCGACGGGCCAAAUCAAGAAAAGAAGAAGAAAAGAUGACGUCUAGGUACCAGUCCAGCUCAUCAAAUCAGGUUGGUCGUCUUGUCAGGGAAGGUGUGCUUCCAAAGAGACAGCAGUUUCGGAUCCAGUCCCCUCCAGACCAAUGGAAACAUGCUGAAUGUAUACGUAUGUCCUACCCAGCGCUGGAAAAUCACUUGAAAGUUCCACCACACAGUCGACCAAUCAGAGCAGACAACCAUUACUCGUCAAUCAAGUCAAACCAGUUGACAGGCCGUUCAUCACUACUAGUACCCAUGUUUCACGCUGACCAGUUCAAGAGAAGACAAGCGAGGUCCGCGAGACUAUCAUACAGCGGUGGCUUACAUAGAUACCAGCCGUAUUGA